UUCGUUUUCAAGCGUUUGCAUACCCAUUUAACGAGACAGACCAUCGGGCCAUCGGCUGCGCUGACCGGAUCCCCUGCGUCGUGGUCGCGGAGGAGAACAGGGGCGGAGGAUGCGAGACGAUCCCAGGAGGCCGCCCGUCUCGCUGGCGCUUGCCUUCCUCCUCCUUCUUGUCGUCCUCCUCCUCGCUGCCUCCACGCGCUGCGCCGCCGCCGCCGCUACCGAUCCCGGGGUGAGGUGCAGCAGAUCAUGCGUCGCGGAGAACUGCAACUCUGUAGGAAUUCGAUAUGGGAAGUUUUGCGGUGUGGGAUGGACCGGCUGCCCUGGGGAGAAGCCUUGCGAUGAGCUUGAUGCAUGUUGCAAGGCUCACGAUGAAUGUGUCGAGAAAAAAGGUUUGAUGAGUGUGAAAUGCCAUGAGAAGUUCAAGAGCUGCAUGAGGAAGGUGAAGAAGUCUGGGAAGGCUGGAUUUUCGAAGGAGUGUCCUUAUGAAACAGCAAUGCCUACCAUGGUACAGGGAAUGGAUAUGGCCAUCUUAUUUAGCCAGCUGGGUGGUCAGCAUACGGAAUUAUAGUUGCACAUACAAGAUGCUGCAGAUGUGCAUUUUUAUAUUUUAACAAACCAGUAUCUCUUUCAUUGUUCAAAAUUCAUUUUUUUUUGGAGAAUGAUGUGUAUCUGCACCAACCACUGUUUCUGCCCAAGAUUCUGAACCUGCCAACUGUUGAUCUGCUGGACAUCAAGAUGCUGAUAGGAACGCCUCAUUUUACUUGCUAGAAGAUCAUUUGCUCUUGCAAUUCAGAAUGUAAAAUCUCGCAGGUGAUCAUGAUUCAUGAAACAUUACAUUAUUACAUUGUCU